UUGUCAAUGUCAAUUUUUAGUGAAGCGAUGUGAUUUCUUUUGAUCGCUGCUUCGAUUUUUGUAUAAUUUAGCUAAAGAUAAUUGAACUUAUGAUUUAAUAACAUUUAAGAGUGCUUAUCAUUGUGUAGGUUAAACGUAAAUAAGAAAAGAAUUCGCCGAGAUGGGGCGGCGCUCUAUAAAUACCACCAAGAGUGGUAAAUACAUGAACCCCACGGACCAAGCCCGAAAGGAGGCUCGUAAGAAAGAAUUGAAGAAAAAUAAAAGACAAAGGCAGAUGGUGAGAGCAGCUGUACUUAAAAUGAAAGAUCCUACACAAAUUCUAGAGGAACUCCAGAAAAUUGAUGAAAUGGAGUACAAUGUAUUGCAACCAUCACCACUCAAUGAAAAAGUCUUGAAAGAAAAAAGAAAAAAAUUAAGGGAGACCUUUGAUAGGGUUUUGAAGAUGUAUGACAAGGAUGAUUCUGAGAAAUGGGUAGAAUUAAAGCGUCAAGAGAUGGAGUAUGAAAAGCGGCGAGCCCACCUGAUAUCCUACUAUGAGUCAGUCAAACAUGCCCAAUCUGUACAAGUUGAUGACAUCCCCUUGCCUACAUUACAAGUUCCUGAAAAUAUCAUAUAUGGCAAUGUGCCAUCUCAGAUUCCUCUGCCUCUGGACACAGUGCAUCCUAAUUUGCCGGUCAGACCCAUUUUGAAGAAGGAUUCCGUUUAUAAAGAGAGACCAUCUGGGGCGGAGCCGCCCGGCGUGCCGCCCGGCCCGCCCCCGGACUACGAGGCACUGCUACAAGAGGCCGCCAAAGCGGUUGAUAAGAUGCACAAGGAAAAGAAAACCCUGCGCUUCUCCGACCUACCGGAUGAAGGACCCCCUGGGGAACCUAGACUAAGCCAGCCUCCACAAGUCGUACACCAGCCCGUUCCAGAAGACACUGAACACGAAGACUUGGAUGGGGAAGCCAUGGAUGAAGACCAUGACAUGUCUCCACCACACGCCCCACCACAGGCUCCUAAACCCACCUCACUACAACAGAGGAUGUUGGCACUAUCCGGACAGAAUAUAGACGACUUUAUGAAAGAGAUGGAAGAAGUACACAAGAAGAGGGAAAGAGAUAGAGCUGCUGAUCUAACAGCUCGAUUGAGUGCUCUGAAGCGCACGGGGCACGGCGCUAGGGACAGUGACUCCGACAGCGAUACGGAGCCCCACGCUGCGCAUCAUCACAACCACCACGACUUCACGCUGGAGCCGCCCGGCGCGGAGGUCCGCCAGAUACCGCCGCCGCUGUUGCCGCCAGGGCUCCGGCCGCCCAUGCUGCGGCCGCCCGGUGCGCCCCCGGGAGCGCCCCCUGGAGCACCGCCGGGCCUGCCUCCCGGUGUCCCUCACGGUGGCCCUCCCGGACCUCCGCCUGGACCUCAUCCCGGACCGCCCCUUGGAAUGCCAGGAGGUCCUCCAGGCUUGCCCGUCAUGCCCACAGGCGCGCCGCCGGGGCCCCCACCAGGGCUCCCCACCCGAGGGGGCCUACGUCCCCCAGGGCCUCCACCAGGGGCCCCGCCUCGCCUGCUCCGACCAUUGGUGCCGCCACCUCCGCUACAUGUCUCCGUUCUCACUGCCGCACCGCAACUUAUAUCCAAGAAGGAUGCUGCUCAAGGCGCAACGAUAAGCGCGAAGCCCCAAAUCAGAAAUCUGUCAGCCGACGUCACGCGGUUCGUCCCCUCAGCGUUGCGUAUCAAGCGAGAAGACAAGAAGGCCAGGCCAGAGGUCAAGUCCGCGUUGCAGAGACCAGCGGAACAACCCAAACAGGCUCCGAGCAAAGACGACGCGUAUAUGCAGUUUAUGAAGGAAAUGGAGGGGUUAUUAUAGGGUACAUGUUAAGUUAUAAUAAUAUUAUGUAUAAUUAUAUAAAUAAAAGUCACUUAGCUAU